AAAAUCAAAGUCUUUUGUUCAGUUUGUUUUGUCCGAGGAAAAGAAAUAUCCAAAUUUCAUUUUUGUUUCAAAAGAAAAAUCCAAAAAAAAAGAAGAAGAAGAUUAUUGUCCGAUCCCUCCUCGGACAGGCAGAUCACAGGGCAAAAGGACGAUCACAGGGCAAAAGAACUUCGUCGACUACAUUUCCUGGAAGAGAUAGGGAGAGUUCAGCUGUAGUUUCACCGGAGAAGAAAGAAGAAGACGAUGGCAUUCACAGGGACUCUUGAUAAAUGCAAAGCUUGUGAUAAGACUGUGUAUGUUGUCGACCUCUUGACCCUUGAAGGCGUGCCUUAUCAUAAGUCCUGCUUCAGGUGCAGCCACUGCAACGGGAUGCUCGUGAUGAGCAACUACUCAUCCAUGGAUGGAGUGCUCUACUGCAAAACUCAUUUCGAGCAACUCUUCAAAGAAUCUGGCGAUUUCAGCAAGAAUUUCCAUACGGCCAAGUCUUCUGAAAGGCAAAAUGAUCUGUCUAGGGCUCCCAACAAGCUUUCUUCAUUGUUCUCCGGAACCCAGGACAAAUGCGCGGCCUGUCAAAAAACCGUCUACCCUCUGGAGAAGGUGACAAUGGAGGGAGAUUGCUACCACAAGACCUGCUUCAAGUGCGCCCACGGAGGUUGCCCCCUGACGCACUCAUCUUACGCCGCCCUCAACGGAGUCUUGUACUGCAAGCACCACUUCGCCCAACUGUUCAUGGAGAAGGGUGACUACAAUCACGUCCUCAAGGCCGCCCACAGGAGAACCGCCUCCACCCCACCGCCAGAGCCUGCCGACCCAAAGCCAGAGCCAGAAGAAGAGACGCGAGACUAGUAUUGAUUAGAAAGCGCCAAUUAUAAAUAUGCAGCUUCUUGAUUAAUUUAUGGUCAUGAGGGAGAGGGUCGAUUAAUUAAUGUCUAUUAUACGCGAUUUUUUUUUUUUUUAUGUAUCUGUAUUAUGGUUGGUUAUGUCAUACAAACUAUAUAUAGAUUUAUGGUUGAUGAGUUUGGAUUUUCA